AUGCAUUGGAAAGGGCUACGGAUUGGUACCUCGGACGGCAUCGACAAAAGACGAAGCCUACUUGAGCCCCAAUCGCAAUCCCGGCACAGUGAACAAUUGCCUCGUCCGACGCUUUCGACUUCCAACCUUGCUCCCAGAAGAUCCGAAUCCGCCCCUCGUUCUCCGUCGCUGGUCGGUCCGGAUGAGGGUCAUGAGACGGAUAAUGAUGGGUCGCAGCUUGCCGCAACUCGUUCUCAUAACUUACCGGCCCCCACACCGAGAGUUCGAACAGGGUUGGCCCCUGGUGAUAAUUCGAGCUGGCGAAGGAAUCGAUUCAGUUUUAUGAGGCUGCGUCAUGCGUCCGAUCCGCAGCUCUCGCAAACAUAUGCAAAGGGAGAGGAGGAUGUUCCUCCCGUCCCGUCACUACCCCCCCCGACCAUCAUCACCACGGCACCUACGAGCCACGAAGUAGACCAACCUAUCAAACGCACCAAGACCAAGUUCAAGUUUUUCUCCGAUUCUAAGAAGCCGUCCGUCGAAGAACUCCCUGCACAGCAGCCUAAGCAACAGCCGGAUUCGAAUGAGAAGCCCCGGCAUGCCUCUAACGGGUCGACCGAGACCCAGCGGGCGGAUCCCGCUCUGUCGACGUCUCAGACCAACAACAAUGAAGAACCCGGGCGGUUAUCGACGACGUCCAUUCGCAGUAGUCGCGAUCAGACGAACGACUCCCAGCGCUCUUCGGUGACGGACGCGCGGUUCUCCGAGUCCUCUCGUUCCGACCAGAGCCUCGGCGAUCACGUUUCAAACCGCGAGUCAACCGCGUCCUCCGUCAGCAAGCGAUUUCGGAUGCCACGCUUGAAACGCAACCGCAACCCGCUUUUCCCCUUGCCCCCGAAGCCCACCGCAGCGCAAUUUGCGGCUCAGGACAGAUCCGUACCCAAACCUGACAAUUCCGACGAACCCGAUCAUGUUUCGCCGCUUCCUUCUCCAUCCCGGUCCUCGGUGGGCGUUGCGCCGGCGCGACCUGGCUUGCCCCGGAAGGACUCCGCUAACUCGACGCACUCCCUCCGCUCGACCCCCUCUAAUGCCAGCCGAAACAAAGCUACCACCCGAGCGAGAUCGUCAACUCUCGAUUCUUUGGCCAACGCGCAGGAUGGCGGACGUCUGUCCCCUCAUCUCAGCGCAUCUGGGCGGACCUCUACCUCUACGAGCGGGCGGAAGAGUUUCGGUGAUAUCUUUAACAUCACGCAGCGACUGAGGCAGAAUUCCGAGCCGCCUUUUCCUCGGAACGGAUCGCCCGGUGCAAAUGGGUCGGGGACACCGCCGGCGAAGCCCAGCCCUCCCUCUUAUCCCGAGAGACAGGAAAAUGAUACGCCCGCGACGUAUCUGGCCCGACUUGAGGAGACCGUCUCGAAAAGUGUGAUUGCCGGAGUGUUGGCCCAGUCAAACGAUGAAUUCUACAAGACCGCUCUACGAAAGUACAUGCGAAGUUUCUCAUUCUUUGGUGAUCCCAUCGAUAUGGCAAUCCGCAAACUUUUGAUGGAGGUGGAAUUGCCGAAAGAAACGCAGCAAAUAGACCGUUUUCUCCAGAGCUUCGCUGACCGGUAUCACGAGUGUAACCCAGGGAUUUUUGCCUCAACCGAUCAAGCCUAUUUCAUCGCUUUUUCUAUCCUGAUCCUGCAUACGGAUGUGUUCAACAAAAACAACAAACGGAAGAUGCAAAAACCUGACUAUGUCAAGAAUUGUCGAGGUGAAGGGCUUGCAGAAGAUAUUCUGGAGUGUUUCUACGAGAACAUCUCUUACACCCCUUUCAUCCACAUUGAAGAUGGUAAUGCGACUGGGCGCAAUCUCUCGAAACCCCGACGAACUCUAUUGAAAACGGCCAGCUCCGACCAUCUUUCUCGGGUUUCUCGCGAACCCGUUGACCCUUACACUCUGAUCAUGGACGGCAAGUUAGAUUCCCUACGACCCAGCCUCAAGGACGUCAUGAAUCUGGACGACACCUACCGCUGCGACGGCACGGAAGGACCGCCUGACAUGAACGCGCUGCAUCAUGCUUUUGCCAAAUCCGGUAUCCUACAGAUCUUGUCUCCGCGAUCGCGGCCAGAUGCUUUCAUGCCGGCCAGCAUGGAGAACCCGGCCGACUCCAAUCCGGGCUUGGUGGACAUCAAGGUGGCCAAGGUUGGGUUGCUCUGGCGAAAGGAUCCCAAGAAGAAGAGGGCCCGAUCGCCCUGGCAGGAAUGGGGCGCGCUUCUGACCCUUUCGCAACUCUAUCUUUUCAGAGACGUCACUUGGAUCAAAUCCUUGAUGGCUCAGCACGAGGCUCAUCACAAGGACGGGCCCCGGCGCGCGGUCGUAUUUAGGCCUCCUCUAACGGAUUUCAAACCCGACGGCAUCAUGUCGACGGAUAGUGCGGUGUCUCUGCUGGACACUGGCUACAAGAAGCACAAACACGCCUUUGUCUUCGUGCGCCACAAUGCCUUGGAGGAAGUUUUCUUGGCUAACACUGAAGGGGACAUGAAUGAUUGGCUGGCCAAACUCAAUUAUGCCUCAACAUUCCGGACGACCGGAGUACGGACACAGGGCAUGAUCGCUACGAACUAUGAAGCCCAGCGAAACCGAAUGAGCCGCAGAGGCUCGUCGGAUUCUGCUAAAUCCCAUUUCUCGGCCGAUCGUGAACCGCCGUCGCCUAACCCUGAUACUGAUGUCUCCCGAGACGUGGUUUUAGCCCGCAGGCAUCUGAUCCGACAAAGAAUUCGUGAAGCCAAUGAAAAGCUGUUUGUUGCUCAACGCCAGCUGGAUGAUCUUCUGCGGAACGCGAGACAUCUCCAGGUUCUGACGCCAGUGCACGCCCGAGCCCGCGAACACGUCAUCAUGGCGGCCGGGCGCAUGGCUGCGAAACUCAAAUGGGUGAGACAGGAUAUCUGGCGGACCAAGUGUUACAGGGAGGUCCUUGUUCGGGACCUGGGUGAAGAUCUUGAGGACGAAAAGCCGCGGCCGCCGCCCCUGGAUCCCAAAGCGUUGCAUUUACAGAUCCCUACCACCAAUGUCGUGCCAUCAACGCCGGAUUUGAACGAGAGAACUCCAACCGAGAAGCUAGCAUCUCCUGUGGAUGAUGUUGUGGUGGCUUCACCGUUGGGGACCGAGACAGCGGUAGUGGCCGAGAGUCCUACGGCGUCCGCCCAUACGAUUCCCGUGCCACAAUCGCCGCCGACGCAGCAGCAGCAGCAGGCGCCAGCCACCGAAACUCGCAGGCCGAGUGUUCCGGUGUCUAUUACCUCGUCCGAGAUCGCUCCUCGGGCCGGUCGACGACUCUCUGCGGACAACUCGAAAGACCGGGCAGAGUCCUGGUCACCGGCGCCGACUAAUAGGCUGGAGCGUGAAGCUUCCGUGCUUAGCGCUACCAGCAGAUUGGAUGUUGCCAGCCUGGGAUCGCGGACUUCGAAGCUCACCGCUCCCGGCAGCUUCGAAGAGGGUGAAGAGCGUCUGCUUCGCGAGACGGGACUGUUGGACGUCAAUGGCUCUCCCCAGUCCCGAAAGCCAUCCUCGGUCAUUGGCUUUGAAGGUGAUCUCGAACCUACACACGAAGAAGCACACCAACAGGACGGCUCGUCUUCUCAGGCCGGAGGAGAGAGGAUGGGACGAGUCCGUCGCAGUCUGCAUCGUACUCUCCGCGAUUCUUCCAGCGGUCGUGGAAACUAUCCCCGGAGCAAGAAAUCCCGCGACUCUGCAUCUAGUAUGGCUGCGCUUGAAGACGAGCACCAUCGACCCAAGGAAGGAAGCGGCCGGGGAGAAGGUCUAUCACGGAAAUCAGCCAGCUUCACGGUGCAUGGCAAGAAGGCAUCCAUCGUGACAUUUGGGUCUGAGUGGCAGAACAUGCCACCGGAGGAGCGUCUCAAGUUGCGCAAGCCUACGCCCUCUGAUGAGCCGAGAGCGCGCGAAGCAGGGCUCGGUAGCAGUGCCGACUCGAUCAUGUCGGAGCCUACGCAUCUCGCGGAUGUUGAGUCUCAGCGUAGUCCCAGCACGGCCACGCGUAAGAGUUUCCAGACGGCGGAGGAGCCAGAGGCAGAAGAAGACCCGAAGGAAGCGGCCGGUCGACUCUACGGAGGAAUCAAAGCCAAGAGUGAUGACGCUCUUGGAAUGGAAUCCAAUCUCCCCGAGCCGACGAGCGCAGCGUCCUCGCUUUUUUCCCCCAUCUCGCCCUUCCGAGAGGCAGCCAGCGCCCCGAAUGAAGAGCGAGUGCCACCGCACUCGAGCAUGGACGGGAAUCCCACCGUCGACGAGAACACGCCACAAAAGAUGCCCCCGAGUUCACCGGAACAGGCAGUCAAUGCAUGA